AUGGGGUUCAUAUCGGGGAUCUUCAUGGGACUCAUCGCCGGCGUCGCCCUCAUCUUCGGCUUGGCGCACGCCAUGAAUCGCCGCGCCGCCAAACGCAGCACCAAGGCUGCCGAUAUCAAUGCACUUGGAUCUCUCAACCGUGAAGAUUUGAAGAAAAUAUGUGGAGACAAUCUCCCUCAGUGGAUCUCAUUCCCGGAAUAUGACCAGGUUAAAUGGCUCAACAGAAAGUUAAGCAAGCUCUGGCCCUUUGUUGAGGAGGCAGCAACCAUGGUCAUCAGGGAUUCUGUCGAGCCUAUACUCGACGACUAUCGACCGGCAGGAAUAUCCUCGCUGAAGUUCAGCAGACUCUCACUUGGAACUGUUCCACCCAAAAUUGAAGGCAUUCGGGUUCAGAGCUUCAACAAAGGGCAAAUCACAAUGGACGUUGACUUCAAGUGGGGUGGGGAUCCGAAUAUCAUCCUUGCAGUUGAAACUCUAGUUGCUUCACUCCCAAUUCAGUUCAAGAACCUUCAGGUGUUCACCAUCAUCCGUGUUGUCUUCCAAUUGUCUGAGGAGAUACCUUGCAUCUCUGCUGUUGUCGUUGCUCUUCUGGCAGAGCCAAAACCAAGAAUCGAUUACAUACUGAAGGCAGUCGGCGGAAGCCUGACGGCGAUGCCUGGACUUUCAGACAUGAUCGACGAUACGGUGGCAUCACUGAUCACUGACAUGCUCCAGUGGCCACACAGAAUAGUCAUCCCGAUAGGGGGAGUUGAUGUCGACAUAAGUGAUCUGGAGCUAAAGCCGCAGGGGAGGGUGACGGUGACGGUGGUGCGAGCGGAGUCGCUCAAGAACAAGGAGCUGAUCGGCAAGUCCGACCCCUACGUGGUGCUCUUCAUACGGCCCAUGUUCAAGGAGAAGACCAGGGUGAUCGACGACAACCUGAACCCAGAGUGGAACGAGACGUUCGAGCUCAUCGCCGAGGACAAGGAGACGCAGCACAUCAUCCUGGAGGUGUUCGACGAGGACAGUCUGAAGCAGGACAAAAGGCUGGGCAUCGCCAAGCUGCCCCUGAGCGACCUGGGAAUCGAGACCGUGCAGGAGAUCAACCUGCAGCUGCUCUCGUCCCUGGACACCACCAAGGUCAAGGACAAGAAGGACAGAGGCGUGCUCACCAUCAAGGUGUUGUACCACCCGUACACCAAGAAGGAGGCCCUGGAGGCGCUGGAGCUGGAGAAGAAGACGAUGGAGGAGCGGCGGAAGACGAGGGAGGGAACGGGGGCCGUGAGCGGGGCCGCGGACGCAGCGGGCGGCGUGGCGUCCACGGUCACCAACGUGGCCGGCACGGGCGUCGCGGCGGGAGCAGCCGUGGCGGGAUCGGGCGUCGCCGUGGCUGGGUCAGGCGCUGGGCUGGUGGGCACGGGAAUCGGCGCCUUCGGUCAGGGUGCAGCCUUCGGCAACAGCAUCACCAAGGCCGGCAAGUUCGUCGGCCGGACCGUUACCGGGCCAUUCAGCAGCGCCAGGCGCAGUGCCAGCAACGUCCCGACGAUCGACGAGUAA